AGCUGGUUAUUGGUUAUGACUGGUCUAAAAUUAUGUUGGCCGACAGACGACCUGCUGAUCAAGCUGUGGAACUGGGACCGCAACUGGGCGUGUCAGCAAGUGUUCGAGGGGCACACGCACUACGUGAUGCAGAUCGUCAUCAACCCGAAAGACAACAACACCUUCGCCAGCGCCAGUUUAGAUACCACUGUCAAGGUGUGGCAGCUCGGCUCCUCGAUAUCGAACUUCACACUGGAAGGUCACGACAAGGGCGUGAACUGCGUCGACUACUAUCACGGCGGAGACAAGCCGUACCUCAUCAGUGGCGCGGACGACCGCCUCGUCAAGAUAUGGGACUACCAGAACAAGACCUGCGUGCAGACCCUUGAAGGUCAUAAUCAAAACGUGUCGGCGGUGUCGUUCCACCCCGAGCUCCCGAUCCUGCUGACCGGCUCCGAGGACGGCACCAUCAGGAUAUGGCACGCUGGCACUUAUCGGCUGGAGUUCUCGCUCAACUAUGGCUUCGAACGCGUUUGGACGAUAUCUUCGAUGCACGGCUCCAACAACGUGGCCAUUGGUUACGACGAGGGAACUAUAAUGAUAAAAGUGGGCCGCGAGGAGCCCGCGAUAUCAAUGGACGUCAACGGCGGCAAGAUCAUCUGGGCACGCCACUCGGAGAUGCAGCAGGUCAACCUCAAGGCGCUUCCAGAAGGUACAGAAAUUAAGGACGGAGAGCGCGUCCCAGUAGUGGCUAAGGACAUGGGCUCCUGCGAGAUCUACCCUCAGACGAUCGCUCACAACCCCAACGGCCGGUUCGUGGUGGUAUGCGGCGACGGCGAGUAUAUCAUAUACACUGCCAUGGCGCUCAGGAACAAGGCGUUCGGCACUGCGCAGGAGUUCGUCUGGGCGUUUGACAGCUCCGAGUACGCGACCCUCGAGAAUUCCAGUACGAUAAAGGUGUUCAAGAAUUUCAAAGAGAGGAAGAGUUUUAAGCCUGAAUAUGGUGCUGAAGGUAUCUUCGGCGGAGUGAUGCUGGGCGUCAAAUCCAUUAGCGGCAUGGCUUUCUCCUUCUACGAUUGGGAACAGCUAGAGCUUAUCAGAAGGAUCGAGAUCCAGCCGCGUCACGUGUUCUGGUCGGAGAGUGGCAACCUGGUGUGCCUCGCCACCGACGACACGUACUUUGUGCUGCGGUACAACGCGGCCGUGGCGACGCGCGCGCGCGAGUCCAACAAUCGGCAUCACAGGGAGGACGGCAUCGAGGACGCUUUCGAGGUUGUGGGCGAGGUGAACGAGACAGUGAAGACUGGGCUAUGGGUGGGCGACUGCUUUAUCUACACCAACUCGCUGAACAGGAUCAACUACUACGUGGGCGGCGAGAUCGUCACCAUCUCGCAUCUCGACCACACCAUGUACAUACUCGGAUACGUGGCCAAAGAGAACAGACUGUACUUAAAUGACAAGGAGUUGAAUGUGGUCUCUUACUCUGUGUUGCUGUCGGUACUUGAGUAUCAGACGGCUGUGAUGCGUGGCGACUUCGAGACUGCGGAUCGUGUGUUGCCGACCGUACCGCACGACCACAGAACCAGGGUUGCGCACUUCCUAGAAAAACAGGGCUUCAAGCAACAAGCCCUAGCCGUGUCGACGGAGCCGGAGCAUCAGUUCGAGCUGGCGCUGUCGCUGGGCGAGCUGCGGCGCGCGCCGCCGCCGACACCGCUCUCACCAAGAUAUGCUAUCAGAACGCGCGCGAUUACAGUGCACUGUUGCUGUUCGCUGUCAGUACUGGUGAGUGCACGCUCGUUUGCCAAUUGAAAAUGAAAAUGAAAA